AUGUUUUCUGCUGCCAGGGACAUCUUUCGCCGGCGGCCCGCAGUUGGCCCCGCCACUGCCGCCGGCUCAUACGAGGUGCCUCUGUACACGAACGCGGCGUACUAUCCGAACUGGAGGGUCUACCGCAAGCAGCCACCUUCGUCCCUGCGUUUGGGUUUUAUAUCCCACGUGUUCUACGCAUUUGCUUGGGUGAAGGAAGAUGGCACGGUCUAUCUGAGUGACGAGUGGGCUGAUACCCAGAUGCCGGUGGAUGGCACCGAGGGCUGUCUACGCGCCUUUGUUCAACUCAAGCAGCAGUAUUGCAAAAUGAAGGUCAUUCUAUCCAUUGGCGGCGGCGGUAAAGGCAGUGAGAACUUUGCUGGCGUGGCCUGUAGUCGCUCCAGUUUGGAUACCUUCGCACGGACCGCACGAGCGUUGGUCGAUCAAUACGGCCUGGAUGGGAUUGAUGUCGAUUGGGAACAUCCCGCGGACCCGAAGCAGGGUAAAGACUACGUCCGUCUUCUCGCCAAGCUGCGAGAAGUUCUGCCUGCUCCUCAAUACGUUUUGGCGACCUGUCUGCCCGCCGGCCAAUGGGCGUUGCGCAAUAUCGACCUGUCUGCAGCACAGAAGCAUCUAGACAUGAUCAAUCUGAUGGCGUACGACUUUGCGGGCCCUUGGGGAUCCGAGACUGGCCACCAGGCCCAGCUCUACGGCACACCCACCUCCGGCUACUCGGCGGUGGAUUACGUGUUGAUGCAGGGAGUGUCUCCACGAAAGCUCAUUCUCGGGGUCCCAGUUUAUGGCCGGUCGUUCCUGGGGAGCACCGGGCCCGGUCAGCGGUACACCGGCACUGGAGGCGAGGAUGGUGUCUUCGAUUACAGCGAUCUGCCGCGUCCGGGUGCCCAAGAAAUGCUCGAUCCACAGGCCGGUGCUGCUGCCUGUGUGGGCGCGGACGGCGGAUUUGUCACUUACGAUAUCCCGGCUACAGUGAAGCAGAAGGCAGAGUUUGUGACUUCCUCGAAGCUGGGAGGUUUGUUUUACUGGCACAUCUGCUCCGAUGCCCGAGGCCCUCGCAGCUUGAUUGAAACGGGUUACAACACAUUACAUGAGAUGUAA